GUUACCUCGUUCGAUGUCUUUCGAAGGUUUAUUAUUCGUCGGAUAGAUCCGUUGAUUUCAAUUAUAUUUGCCAGUCUCAAAUAAACAGUCUUGGGAGCACACGGACUUGGCACUUGGAGACAUGACAUCGCGUUUUGUCUCAGGCGGUACGAUUGCCGGCGAUGGGGAGCCUGGUGUGUCAACGUCUACGUCCAAGUCACCGCCACCGCAACCUAGUAAAGGAAAUGAGUGGGAUAAGGAAACGGCGAAGAAGAAUUCGGAGUGGGAGGCUGUGCAGCGCGAUUUAGAGGCGGAUCGGAGGCGGCGAGAGGAGGCGCGACGCGCGCAGGUUGAGGGGGGUGGGGGUGGAGAGAGGAGUUUGUAUGAUGUGCUGCAGGCUAAUAAAGCGGCGAAGCAAGCGGCAUUCGAGGAACAGAAUCGCAUUCGCAAUCAAUUCCGAGCACUGGAUGAUGAUGAGAUUGAGUUCUUGGACGGUCUGCAAGAUGAACGGCGCACUGAGGAGGAGAGAGUAAAGCGCGAGACUGAGGAACGGCUUGCGCAGUUCCGUGAGGCGCAGAAAGCUGGGGGUUCCACUAGCGCCGAAGGGGCUGAUGGUGAUGGUGAUGAGAAGGAUAACGCUGAAGAUGACGCUGUGGCGGUCGAGUGGAGUAGCGGUCCGGGCAAGAAGCGCAAGAGAGGUGACAAAGAGACGAGGAGUAUCGUGAAGGGCGUUAAGAGGAGGACUAGCGAGUUAGAGGGAAGUGAGGCAAAAGCUUCUAGCCCGGAGACGAAAACGGAAAAGAAAACGACGGUGACUCAUAUAGACUCGGACUUGAAAGCGAAAGACAAUGCUAAACCCAUGGUCACGAAGGACGCUCAAGAGAAGCCCAAGCUCGGUCUGGUGGACUAUGGUUCUGAUGACGAUGAUGACGAUUAGUUCACUGGUUGAUGGAGUCUUAGGAUGCGAUAUGGCAUUAUCGGAAUAAUGCCAAUAGUUAAACUUCACUGUCAGGGCUUCGAUCUUGAUCUGACGGUGGGGUGACUUGUCGGUGCGCGGGUGGAUAUCAAGACUUGAUAAUUCAUGGACACCUCUCAUUGUUUGGGAAUAGUGUUGGCGACCCGAACUCUAAAUUAGAGGAUCGCAUAUUACGAGAUAUCAAUACUACACGUGGAUCAAGAAACCGGGGUCAUGCUCUGGAAGUAGAGUUGUGAUUAA